AGCCCCGGCCCCGGCCCCGGCCCCUUCCCGGCCCCGGCAUGAGCUUCCCGCGGCCGCUGCGCCGCUCCGUCAGCCUCAGCCCGGGCCGGACCCUGCGCCUCGUCGUGCUGGGGCAGAGCGCCGUGGGCAAGACAGCACUGACUGUAAGAUUCAUCACCAGGAGAUUCAUUGGAGACUACGACCCAACCCUGGAGAUGAUUUACAGGCACAUGGCCGUCAUUGACGGGGACAUGGUGCACUUUGAGAUCCUCGACACGGCCGGACAGGAGGAGGAUUCCCUGCAGAUCGAGGAGAAGAUCAAGUGGGGCGAUGGCUUCGCUGUGGUGUACUCGGUGACGGACAGGUGCAGCUUCGACGAGGUGAUGCGGCUCUGCUUCCUCAUCAACCACAUCCACGGCAGCCCCAAGCGCAGCGGCGGCAGCGAGCAGCCCCCCGUCGUCAUCGUGGCCAACAAGAAGGACUUGCAGUUCGACAGGAUGGUGUCCACAGAGGAUGGGCAAAACCUCUCCAAAGCCCUGAAGCUGCCUUUCUACGAGAUCUCCACCCGGGACAGCUACGAGGAGACCGUGGUGGUGUUCAACAGCCUCUACCAGGAGCUGAUGAGACAGGGGCAUUUCUCCCCGGGCUCCUUCAAGCGCAGGACGGUGUCGAAGCUGAUGGAGAAGAUCCCCAAGAUGCAGGCCAGCUCCACCCUGGGCUCGGCGGGCAGGAGCCUCAGCUUUAACUCCUUCAGGGACUACAUCCCCGAGUGAGCGUCCCGGGGCGAGCUGGGACCGGGGCAGGACUCUCGUGGGGCUGUGCUGGCUCCCAGGAGGGGCAGGGGAAGAG